AUGGGUGAUUUGAACGCAGACAUCUCUGACGACAAAUCUCUGUUUGGUUGGCACUUGAUGCAGUUCUGUCAUGACAGCAAACUUGUUCUCUCCAGCAAGAAAUUCCUUCCAGUAGAUAGCUUUACUUACAUCAGUGAAGCAUGGCACACAACAUCCUGGCUGGAUCAUGUAAUCUUCAGAGCUGAUGCUCAUGAUAGUCUGGAAAAAUUUGAGUUUUUGUAUGGGCUGACUGCCACUGAUCACUUACCUGUCUCCAUGGUGGUAAAUGUUGAUCAUCUGCCUGAUUACAGCAGCCCAACAGAAUAUGGCGCCAACAGGGUCAAAGUGGAUUGGGCUAAACUAUCUAGAGAGGAUGUCUCUUAUUAUUGUGGGAGGACAGAUGUUCUCUUGAGGGAAAAACAGCUACCCAUGGAUGCUAUUUUAUGUUCAAAUAUUAACUGUGAUGAUGUCAAACACCUUACUGACCUGUGUGAAAUGUACAAUCGUAUAGUGAGCGCUAUAUAGGAGGCCAGUAGACCUUAACACAUUGGGUGUUUAGGUGAGCUAUCAGCUGUCACCAUGGAAAGUUUGUGAGAACAGAGUGUUUGAAACCAUGGAGUUGUACAUAUCGUUUUGGGGAACUGCAUAAAAGGCAAGGCAAGUUUAUUUGAGGUUAGACCUGGGACACAGGCUGGAGAGGACGCUGGCGUUGACUGUUCGCCGCUUCUCCAUACCUGUUGACUCUAAACCCCAUAAAUUCCACCCUCCACAGCUAGGUUGUUGCUCCACCUAACUCUGGUUUAGUGGUUUUUCCCCGGAUUGUGUCUCUGCUACUGCACAAACCCCCGGGAGUCAUCUGUGUGGUGACUAGCAAGCCUGGUGCCCCUUCAGCUGGGACGGCAGCGCUGACACGGUGCUAGCUGCUAGACUGCAGCUUGCACCUGUUAUACCGACCUCUCUCCGUCUAGCCAAUCUCCCCGGCUUCUGCAUGCCAUCUGCCCUCGAACGGAUGUCUGCAAGUGGGUUGCCAUCUCUGUGGAGGCUCUGGACCAUCCUGGGCUGUGCGGCUGCCAUCCAUCGUCGCUCACUGGGAUCCUGGCUAAUGGCUAACACUGACACUCCAGGCUACUCCACCGUCAUCUCUGUGCCGCUUCUGAGCUCCCAUCACAUCAGCACUCCUGCUCAACUCCAACUACCUCACCGACCCCGCUACAUCCACAGAGGAUCUGGUCGCCAGUUUGUUCUGGCCAAACACGGUGAUCAUGGUAACUGUCACCAAUCCAUUACAUCCCUCUGGUCGGCUGGUUGCACCGUCGCACAACAAUGGCGUCAUCAGAACACCGCUACUCCAGUCGCAAAAGACAGGAGCGGGUAUGGCCGGAUGGACAGAAAACCCGCAGUGGAUCACAGCGUCCUGCGCCCCCUUAAUGGACCGGACUCACAAGCCAUUCCACAUUGGAAUUCCUAAAUGUUCGGUCACUGACAAACAAAGCCGGACUCAUCAACGACCACAUUAUAGACAAAGGUAUUGACAUUAUCUGUCUUACAGAGACCUGGCAACAGCCUGAGGUCUACUCUGCCCUCAAUGAGGCCUGUCCCCCUGGGUAUAGCUACCUCAGUAAGGCCCGGACUACCAGUCUGGGGGGUGGCCUCGCUGUUUUUCACCGCAGCACCAUUCAAACCUCUCUACUGUCUGUCCCACCCUUCAACACUUUUGAACAUCUGGUUUUUAAUUGCAAACACAUUACAUCACAUCACAUCACCUCUGCAACUAUAGCACUCAUUUAUCGCCCCCCCAAACCACAUCCAUCAUUCCUCUCUGAAAUUCAUGACUUUCUAAUCUCACUUUGCACCUCACACUCAAACAUUCUGGUUUUGGGGGACUUCAACAUUCACAUGGACUCACUCUCCUGCCAACUGGCUGCUGAAUUUAAACAGGUUCUGGACUGCCUCAACCUCCACCAAUCCGUUGUUGGACCCACCCACACCAAGGGCCACACACUGGAUGUGGUCAUCACAGCUUCCAUCCACGUCUCAGAUCUUCACAUCCAGGACAUUGGCAUUUCAGACCAUAUGCAGUCACCUUCAAUCCCCCCCCCCCCACCAAACCACAACGCCUUAUAUCCUUCAGAAAUCUCAAGAACAUUGACUCCACCUCCCUCAGUCAGCAUCUCCAGCUCCUUUCUCCUUCUUCAAACACAUCACUUACUGACCUCAUGGACUACUACAACCACAAUCUUCACUCUAUCCUCGACUUUCAUGCUCCACUAAAAACCAGGACAGUCACCUUCAUCCGUUCCGCCCCCUGGUUCACAGAGGAGCUGAGACUGCUAAAAAGGACUGGCCGAGUCCUGGAGCGGGCCUAUGUCACAUCUGGGCUGAUAGUGCAUAAGUUGGCUGACUGGGAACAUCGUCAGAGAUAUGCCAAAGAACUCUCCAAAGCCAGGUCAGCACACUACUCCAACAUCAUUAACAAUAACCCAGGUAAUUCCAAACAACUCUUCACCACAGUCAAACACCUUCUAUAG